AUGAGAGGUGGCAGGUUUGAAAACAUUCAGACAAGGCAAGGCAAGGUUCAGCUAGCGUGCACAAUAUAAACAUGAAGCCGAAGACAGUAGAUAAAAAUCAAAACAUUAAGGUCUCGCUAAGAUGCAGGCCCAUUAAUUCAAUAGAAAAGAAACAAGGCUCAUUUUCUGUGCUGGAGUGCAAUGGUGAGAAAAAGGAGGUCAUUGUCAAAGAACGUCUUGGUAUCAACCCUAACACUAAAACAUUCUUCUUUGAUAAUGUUUUCCCACCAUCAUCCAAACAGAUGGAUGUCUAUCAGUCUGUUGUCACUCCGAUCAUUGAUGAGGUUCUCUCCGGAUAUAACUGUACUAUUUUUGCGUACGGACAGACCGGUUCCGGGAAGACCUUUACUAUGGAAGGCGAUCGUACAGAUGAUCCAGACAUGUCCUGGGAGGACGAUCCAUUAGCUGGUAUCAUCCCCAGGGCAAUGAACCAUAUAUUUGAGCAACUGAAAACUCAGGAUGUGGAGUUUUCUGUGAGGGUCUCAUUUUUAGAGCUUUACAAUGAAGAAUUAUUUGACCUUUUGGGAUCUGGUGAGGAUGCUUUGAGACUCAGGAUAUAUGAGGACAGUGCAAAAAAGGGCUCUGUAAUCAUAAAUGGUCUGGAAGAAGUAGUGGUCCGUACCAAGAAUGAAGUUUUUGAGAUCUUGGAACGAGGAACAGCUCGUAGACAAACUGCUGCAACAUUGAUGAAUGCCCAUUCAAGUCGUUCACACACAGUGUUUUCAGUAACAGUUCAUAUCAAAGAGAGCAACAUUGAUGGAGAGGAGCUCUUGAAGACUGGAAAACUGUAUUUAGUAGAUUUAGCUGGCAGUGAAAAUAUUGGUCGUUCUGGAGCAGUAGACAAACGGGCCAGAGAGGCGGGCAGUAUAAACCAGAGUCUACUAACCCUUGGUCGAGUGAUCACUUCCCUGGUGGAACAUGCCCCUCAUAUACCAUACAGGGAGAGCAAGCUGACCCGUUUACUACAAGACUCCCUUGGGGGCCGUACCAAGACUUCUAUCAUCGCUACAAUCUCACCCGCAGCCUGUAAUCUGGAUGAGACCUUGAGUACAUUGGAUUAUGCUCAUCGGGCCAAGAACAUCCAGAACCGUCCUGAGAUAAACCAGAAACUGACCAAGAAGGCUCUCAUUAAGGAAUAUACUGAGGAGAUCGAGAGACUAAGGAGAGACCUGCAGGCUGUUCGUGAGAAAAACGGAAUUUACCUGGCAGAGGAAAAUUAUGUAGCCAUGCAGAAUAAAAUCACACAGCAAUUUGAAAGUAUCAAGGAUAUGGAGGAAAACAUUGCUGCAUUAACAGGAGAAAUGAACAAGCUGACAGAGAUUUACACAGAAACUGAACUCCGACUUGAGGAGACAACCAAAAACUUGACUGUCACCACUGAUAAUCUCAUUAAGACGACAGAGAACUUACAGGAAACAAAACAGGAGCUGAAAGCAACCGUACAGGACCGUGAUGAGCAGAAAUAUCUGGUGUCAGAACAUGUGUCCACAGAAACCUGUCUGUAUGGGGAGGCCAAAGAGUUACUUGCGACUGUAGACUCUGCCUUAUUAGAUAUUGAUGGCCUUCACUGCAAACUGGACAGGAAGAAGGAGGUGGAGGCGAGUAAUGAGGAAUGUCAGUCACAGUUCAAGGAACGCUUCCAACGGCAGAUCACACAGAUGAAGGAUGGUGUUGAUAGCUUUUUAACAACAACAAAGCAAUAUCAGUGUAAUCUGACGGACAAAACAGUGAGUCUGCUACAACAGCAGCAGGACCAGGUAUCUGUCACUUGUCAGGCUGUAACUGACCAUCAACAAAGGCUGAAUGACCAGGCUGGGGAGAUCAAUCAGCACAGCAAUGACCAGACUGAACUCCAUUCAGCUUGGCUGGACAGUGUCCAGGCAGCUACAACUGCUACACAGUCAGAGCAAAGUAAAGCGCUAUCUGAGUUCCAGAGUAAUAUAUUGGAGCCUGCUGUACAACAAGCUGUGGAUUCCAACAAUCUGUCUUCCACUAUACUUCAGAGGCAAAUAGAGCUACUUCAGGCCCAGAAAACUGAGCAGGAACUGAUGGUAAACAAAUUUAUGACAACAAUUGCAAAUGGUCUUGACAGUUUGACAGCGUUAACCACCGAUUUCUUCACACUAAUGACAGCUGACCUUGACGAGUCCGAGAAACAGAUGGCGGAGGAAGAAAGAUUGGAUAAGGAACUAGAAGAAAAAAUACUUCAGCACCAACAGAAGCGCUUGGAACUGCUCCAACAGGCAAGGAAUCGUAAACAAUCCCGACAGCAGGCAGUACAGCAAUUCAACGACAAUUUAUUGGGAAAUCUACAGGAGGUACGGACAGGAACAGAACAGACCAAGCCAGAACUGAUGGGGACUGUAGCCUCAAACUGUACAAACAACCAGAGAGAUCUCUCACAGGUGCUGACAGAGGUGGAAAAGUGUACAGGGACAUGUGAGGACAUCAAACAAAAACACAAUGAGAUGAACAGCAACACCCAACAGGUUUGGACACAACAUCUUUCAUCAAUCACAGAGAAAAUAACCGAGCAUAGAGAAACAAUACAAUUGGGACAAGAACGUCACAGGACAUUGACACAGACUCUGGUCAGCGAAAGCCAAAGUCACACAGAUAGCCUAGUGUCCCAAAUAAAGGGAAAUAUCCAAGAGUGGACCACCCAGACUCAGGACAGGCAGACAGACAUUGAAACACAGGCACAAUUCACAGCUGAUUGGUCAAAUAACUUGUCAGCUGAUCUACAGAAGCAUUCAGGAGAUGUUGAGAGUUUUCUGUAUGAAGAACUAAGGAAGGAUAUUCCUACAGGCAAAACUCCACAGAGGAGAAACAUUUCCUACCCACUACAGCUCACAAAGACUUCUGAACAUGACCUGCUACUCAACGACUUCAGAGCUAACUAUGACACUGAUCCACUGGCUACCAACCUCAGCAGCUCUCUAGAUGCAGUGGCUGAGACUAGUCGUGUUAGUAAGGCGAGUGAGACAGAAGAGGUCGAGUCCGCCCCUAGUGAGGUCGGCAGUGAGUCAUCCCAUACAUCAGGAGUAUCCAGCUUAAGCCAAGUCAGUAGCAAGAUGUCAAGUAAAGAAAACAGACAGAAGAAGCCAAAGAUACUUUCUAAAUCAAAACAAAAGAAUGUCAACACAACACCCAGGGGCAAGAGUCGCCUCCCUUUGAAAGCCCAAAACCAAACUGAGUCAUGAGGGAACAAGUUGAACAAGUGGACAUUUCUGUAAAACAAUAAUUCAAAAUUCAAAGAUGUUUUUAAAAUCUAGAAUGAUUUUUGUACUUUCUUUGAUGUUUUCCUAUGAGUGAAGGGAAAUCUGUUGAUAUGUACUGUCUUCCUGUGCUGAUAAUUACGGCCUCUGACUUCGACGACGAUAAUGAUAAACAGCAUACCUGCUCAUUUGCAAUAUGUGUUAAACCUGUGAGCAGAUAUAACUGAUGUUUUAGUAUUUUAUAUGUACAGGAGUGAGAGUUUGUGUCAAUGGCUGAGAUUGUGUGUGUGUCAGUGACGGAGACAGAGAGUGUCGGUGACAGAGACAGAGUGUGUCGGUGACGGAGACAGAGUGUGUCGGUGAGGGAGACAGAGUGUGUCGGUGAGGGAGACAGAGUGUGUCGGUGACGGAGACAGAGAGUGUCGGUGACGGAGACGGAGUGUGUCAGUAACGGAGACGGAGUGUGUCAGUAACGGAGACAGAGAGUGUCGGUGACGGAGACAGAGUGUGUCAGUAACGGAGACGGAGUGUGUCGGUAACGGAGACAGAGAGUGUCGGUGACAGAGAGUCGGUGACGGAGACAGAGAGUGUCGGUGACGGAGACAGAGUGUGUCGGUGACGGAGACAGAGAGUGUCAGUGACAGAGUGUGUUGGUGACGGAGACAGAGUGUGUCGGUGACGGAGACGGUGUGUGUCGAUGACGGAGACAGAGUGUCAGUGACAGAGACAGAGAGAGUCCGUGACCGAGAUGGUGUGUGUCCGUGACCGAGACGGUGUGUGUCGGUGACUGGGACGGUGUGUGUCCGUGACCGAGAAGGUGUGUCCGUGACCGAGAAGGUGUGUGUCAGUGACCGGGAUGGUGUGUGUCCCUGACUGAGAUGGUGUGUGUCCGUGACCGAGAUGGUGGGAGUCCGUGACCGAGACAGUGUGUGUCAGGGUGGGUGUGCAAAUGUGUGUGUGGGAGGGGGUGUUGAUUUUAUUAUGUUUCUCAUUUCACCUCUCUGAACAUUUCUAGCCUCAUGAUGUGACAUUUCAUAUCAUAAUGGUUUUUUACCAAUCAUCAUCACAUCUCCACAUACCAUGCUACUGGUAUAUCAUUAUUAGUUUUCUAUCCAAUUUAACUGAACUCUUCUGAACCACCAACUUUCCAUCUUCAUUAAUCAUUUUGUGAAUUCUUCCUCUUUUACCAUCAUAUGUACUAUAUUAUCAUUGCCUAUUACACUUUCAUUUUAGUUCAUUAUCUAAUCUUUUGAAUUUUUUCCUUUCUGUCCUUUCUUAAAGGUGCUCAAUGUUGAUAAUGUGAAUAUGAUUUAUCAUGAAAUGAAAACAAGAAUAGUUUGUAUCUUAUGAUACAAUACCAAAGCAACAUUACAACCCUCCAAAGUUCUAAUGGUAUCUUUUGAAUUUAAAAUAAAUACACCCCAGAAAAAAUUAUAUUGUACUCUGCCUCUACAAGCAAACAAUAUGAUGCUGUUAUUACUUUUUUCUAUUGUUUGUGUUAAACAGAUACAUUUCUAUACUAUGGAUGUCAUUUCAUGCAUUUUUGUGACAAGUACUGUCUGUGUCAUCCGUGAUAAAGCAUCUUUAAAUUUCCUUUCUUCCUGUCUGUACUUUCUUUGUAUUGUUGCUCUAUAUGUGUAUCCUUGAUACCAUCCUCAUAUAAUCCUGACUGUUGUGAGGAUUUUAAACAUUGUACACUUGAAAAUAAAUUGUAAGAAUAAAACUGUACACAUACAACAAAUUGUACACAUAAAAAAAUUUACUCAUAAAACAACAUUUACACAUACAAACAAAAUUAUUAUCUAGUCGCAUCAUAUCCAGAGUAGCAUUCCUGUUGCUUCCUUUCAUACUCAUUAUAUAAUCAAGUGGACAGGUUUAGCAUUUCUGUCAUGUUUUAUGUAUCUGUACAAGUAGUAAGUAUGUAAGAACCCAUAAUCCUGUAUCAUAUCAGUUUGUCCAUGGUGAGAAUGUGCUAUUUCAAAUACAAAAAAAAUGCCACUUAACAUCACCUGCCAUUUGCUGUAAAUGUUAUGUUUUUUUUUUUUUUUAGUUUUCAAAGUUCCAGAAAUUUGAAGCAAAAGAUAUUUUUUUCCUGUUGAUUAUUAAUGAUUCAUCAAUUAUAAAUUAUAAAAUUAUCUUCUCUCUUUUUUUGUGAUUUUGUUGUAUCAUGAAAAAUAUAAUGCAUUAAAAUUUGAUGAUAUAUGUAUUUAGUUUGAUUAAGCUACACUUGGCCUUGUAUGUAUGGACCAUUUAAGUAUUUUAUUUUGUAUUGUCUAGGUGUUUCAAAUACACUGAUUGUAUACAUAUAUUUAUUAUAAUGUGCUUUUAACUAUGAUAUACACUUUGUAUGUAUAUAAAAUUUACUUUUAUAUUUCAAAAUAAUACUAUUUUAAAAUAUCCCUGUCACUUCACUCAUUGUAGUUUAUAGAAAGUAAUUAAUCAUGACAAACAUUUAGGUUUGAUACCAAAAUUCAACAUUAAGGGUGGAUGGGUCAGAAACAAGGCCUGGCAAGGCUGCAACCUCCAUGGAUCAAGAAAUUCCAUCGGUUUUCAAAUUAGGUAAGACACAUAAUUUUGUGGAGGGUUUGUCCCAUUUUAUAAACUGUGAUGUUGGGAUUUCCUCUUUCUACACCUCACAGACACCAAAGAAAUCUCAUCAUUUGAAUCCCUAAUAAGCAGAAGUCAGUGAUGUUCAGCCUACCCAAUUUUAUUGAGUAUUCAAACUUACCGCACUAUAUACAAUGUAUACAGUGUAAUACUAUAAUAUCAAGUGUUAUCAUGUUAACAGUUUCCACCCAUCUUUGCAUCAGAAUGUUCUUUUUCAAUCAGAUGUGUAAGAAAAAUGUCCUACUUGCCUUUCUUGCCAUGGACUGUUGCAUGCCAGUUCUGUCAUCAUCAUGCAGAAAUGAGGGAAAUCAAUGUUGAUACUAUUGAAGUGACAGAAAAUUUUGAAAUGCAAAAUUGGCAUAAUAUAUACUUGAACCAUCUUGUUUCAUUUAAUCAAGAUAAGAUGUUCAUUAUCCUCUCCAUACACUCCAUAUGAUAGAGUGGAUAGGAAUAUCUGAUUUUAAUUAGAUGGAUUUCAUCAUUAUCAAAAAGAUUUCACACUUAUAUAUGUAAUCAUUUUAUUAUUUUAGCUUUUGCUAUAUAUUCAGGGCUUCAAAAUGUUAAAUGUUUUCGAGACAGAUCUUGAUUUAUAAAUAACUUAAAACAUUGUGUAGAAAUAAAACAACUCUUUAAAAACUAA